UCCUCUCUGUUUUUUUUUUCUCCUCCAGCCGGGCUAUUCAAACCUGCAGAUCUAAGUAAACAAUAAUUCACACACUUAAUGCAAAUAAUGCGGCGUUUUACGCGUCGCUCCUUUGAUCUGAAUUCACGCGCUUUAUUUUUGUCGCUAAAAAAUUUGGGAUCUGCAGAAUAUGGCGCCCUGUCCUUAUAAAAAUAAGACAGGCUGCCAUUUUUGUUUUCCUUUUGUCUGAAAUUUUUAAUAAAACUGUCUGAGAAUGUGGGAGAGGCAGACACCGGGGACCUGCACUUUCUGAAGCCACGAUUUUACAAGAUUUUCCGAAUCUUUUUAAUUUGAUGUUCGAUCAAAGACGACGUGCUUUAAUUGGGAAUGAUUUCAAGGAUGUCGAUAGAAUAAAAGAAAAAGUUGAAAUGGCAGAACCUAGAUUUAAUAAUCCAUACUUCUGGCCUCCUCCACCUUCUAUUCCUGGUCAGGUUGAUCUCACUUUUUCCCAGCUGGAUAAUCUCGUGCUGAUUAACAAGAUCAAAGAACAGCUAAUGGCGGAGAAAAUCAGACCUCCACACCUGCCGCCCACUUCUGUCCCUUCCCAGCAGCCCUUGCUGGUUCCACCCACAUCCACAGAAGGCGGGCAGCACAAUAUAUCGACGCCCAAGCUGCAGCAGAUGCCAGGACUCCACGUGCACAACAGCUCUCAGCCCGACAUCGCCCUGCACGCUCGACCCGCCUCCAGCUCCGUCGCAGGUCGUAUUCUGGGUGACGUCAACUUGAAUCUGGACGAUAAGACUGCCAUUAAAGCAAGGGGAUUGUGGGAAGACUGGCAUUUGCGGCAAAUCAUAGACCAGCCAUCCAGAGCGAAUCAUCUUUCAGGACUGUCACUGACGUCUUCUCGAACUGCCAACCUCAACACGUCAGACAGCGUGACACCGACCACCCCGACCACUCCAACCACCAGCAGUCAGACUCUUUCCCCAAACCUCCUCUCAGGACUGGCCGGCGGGCCCGGGAUGGAGGCUUUCAAAAACAGCGGAGGACUGGCAGGACUGCUGGGUCCGCCUCCCAAGAGCAUAGGACGAGGUCGCAAAAAGAUCAAAGCUGAAAACUCCUCUGGGCCGCUCUUAGUCGUUCCCUACCCGAUCCUGGCCUCUGGAGUCGACCAAUCAACCGGCGGCAUCCCUGCCAAGGAGGGCAAAACAUACAGAUGUAAAGUGUGUCCGCUGACGUUCUUCUCCAAGUCGGACAUGCAGAUACACUCCAAGUCCCACACGGAAGCAAAGCCCCACAAGUGCCCUCACUGCACCAAGUCCUUCGCCAACGCGUCCUACCUGUCUCAGCACCUGCGCAUUCACCUGGGAGUGAAGCCUUAUCACUGCUCCUACUGCGAGAAAUCCUUCCGCCAGCUCUCCCACUUACAGCAGCACACCAGAAUCCACACAGGUGAUCGGCCGUAUAAAUGUCUCCAUCCAGGCUGUGAAAAGGCCUUCACGCAGCUCUCCAAUCUGCAAUCCCACCAGAGAUCACAUAAUAAAGACAAGCCUUACAAGUGCUCCAACUGUUACCGCGCAUACUCUGACUCCGCCUCCCUCCAAAUCCACCUGUCGGCUCACGCUAUCAAAAACGCCAAGGCGUACUGUUGCAGCAUGUGUGGGCGAGCCUACACCUCUGAGACCUACCUUAUGAAGCACAUGUCCAAGCACACGGUGGUAGAACAUCUGGUGAGUCAACACUCGCCGCAAAGGACCGAUUCCCCCAACGUUCCCGUUCGCAUUUCCCUCAUCUGAGCUCCCGGUCCUGCGGUCAGUCUUUCCCAAUCUUGGCAUAAGCAAGCAAAAUCGCCUGUUCUCGGUGGUUUGACUUUUUUUUUUUGGGUGUGUGUGUGUGUGUGUUUGUUAGUUUGUUUCAUUUUUGAGAACAUUCCAAAAGGUAUUAGACUGUGUGGAUAGAGGCUCAAAACACAGCAGCGACUUCGGGAGGUUCUAUUACACGCGUUACUCUUCUUGAACUCAUUGUUGAGUUGAGAAGGAAUAAUCGGGAAAUCCAAAGAUGGUUUCACAGCACUUUCAGGCCACACAGGUUUGGCUUUAAACGUUUCUGGUCUGUUAUGACAAUAAAGGCAUUGCUCUUGGCA